AUGCCUCGAACACGAUCACGUUCACGUUCACAAUCACGAUCACGAUCACGCUCUCGAAGUCCAAUAUCAUCUGGACGACGAUCUCGUUCACGAUCAUCUGAACAUGAUAGUAGAAACGAUCGACCCAAUGAAUUUCGUGUUCAUAUUGCUGAAUUACCACAAGGUGCUCAAGAAAGUGAAAUACGAAAAGUAUUUCAACGUUUUGGUACAUUGGUUGAUGUUUGGGCUGCUAGUGCAUCAUGUUUUGCAUUUGUUACUUAUAAACUUAAGGAAGAAGCACAAAAAGCCAUUGAUCAAAUGGAUGGAAGAUCAUUUGGAAGCAGUCGUGUACGAGUAACAUGGGCUCGACCACGAGCUCGUAAUGGUUCUCGACGUUUUGAUCCAAAUAUGAAAUGUUUUAAAUGUGGACAACGUGGACAUUUUGGUCGUAAUUGUGAUGGUACAGCAACUGAAAGACAUUCAUCGCGUCGUCGUGAUGAUGAUUAUAAUCGACGACCACCACCACCACCACCAAACAAUAAUCGCUAUUCAAGGUCUCGUGCAUCAAAUUCACCACCACCAUUGCCACCACCUGCUUAUUUUCGUCAUGGUAUGCCGGUGUAUCCAUCAUUUUCCCGACGACAUGAUGAUUAUAUGGAUAGUUAUUAUCCACCGCCAGAACGAUCAAAUGGACAUGAACGUCGUUAUCGAGAACGUGAUACACGUUUAACACCACCAUCAGCAAGUGCCAGAUACAGCCGACGAUAA